CAGUACUAUCUUAGCGGGAGUUGCCAAAUUGGCCGGGGACUAUCGUAACUGAGAUCUUAUCUCUGACUUACUGUGGUCCUAACGUAGCACUUCCGUUUUCAUUUUGGACUGUUCCGCCGUUUCCUAUCUCGAGUUAGUCGCUCGGUUGUUCGCUUUCACAACGGGCACAUCGUUUUCCCUCCAAUAAUCAGCCAGUAAUUUUUCGAAAUCUUGUGGUGGAGAAACUUUGCAAAAAGGAAACUUUGAUAUUGGUUAUUUGAACAUGGAAGUGAACCAAAUGAUUGAUGCAUCUGAUCUCGUUAAAGGUGUGAGAGGCCGUUGCACUUCUAUGGAAAGUGUUAUUGCGACCUUGUCGAAAGGUUGUCAGUUUUGGAAAGUUCGGUCAGACAGAGGUUGGUACCUGCGGCGGUUUUGGCUGGAUGUCGACCGCCUGUGUCUUCUUUAUGUUCCUUCACAAAAACCGUUCUGGAGUACCUCACCGACUCACGUCGAUUUGACGGGAAUCACGGAUGUGCGACGUUGGAAAUCCGCUUUUUAUCAACAUAUUGAGAAAGGAGGACAUUCAAAAAGGCGUUUAGAUUUUGCACUGACCAAUGAAUUGUGCUUCACGGUCGUAUUUGGCCAGCAUGAAUAUAACCUGAUUGCGCUGGACGAAGAAACCGCCGAGUUUUGGUUGACCAAUCUGAAGAAACUUGUUUGCAUUGUUCGCGCUGCCCAGCACGAAAAUCAAUAUUGGAUGUGGUUGACGCGGCAGUUUAGAAAAGCUGAUAAGGACAAAACAGGCGCUUUGAGCUUCGUACAAGUGCAAGAUUUACUUGAGCGAAUGAAUGUUAAACUUAGUCGGAAAUAUGCCAAGGAGCUAUUCAAUGAGGCCAAUGUAAAUAAGAACAAGCAAAAUGGAAAACAAGUACUGGACUGCCGGGAGUUUGUGCAAUUUUUUCGCGUCCUCACAAAAAGAAAAGAACUGGAUGAAAUUUUUGAGAGAUAUGCCACAACGGAUUCAGCAGCAAUGACCGCCGAGGAGUUGAGGGCUUUUCUUUCUCAAGAACAAUUUAUAGAUGUUGAUUAUGAGCAAGCCAACGCUUUGAUUUCCAAGCAUGAGGUCUCUACGGCCAAGGAAGAAGGAUUACUCACCAUUGCUGGUUUCACGGCAUUAAUGAAGUCGUUUGGCAUCGCCAUUGAAGAACAUAGCACUGUAUUUCAAGAUAUGAAUCAGCCUUUAACUUCAUAUUACAUUGCAUCGUCUCAUAACACAUAUUUGAAAGGAAACCAACUUACUAGUAAGAGCAGCGUACAGGCGUACAUCAAUGCAUUAGAGCAAGGCUGUCGCUGCGUUGAACUGGAUCUAUGGGAUGGACCGGCCGGAGAUCCAGUUAUCUACCACGGACGCACUCUAACGUCUGAGUUAAAACUGAUCGAUGUACUAAAUGAAGCAGUAAAGCCAUACGCUUUUAAAACAUCGCCGUACCCUCUGAUCCUGUCACUGGAAUGCCAUCUUUCAAACAAACAGACAAAGAGAUUAGCUUUCUUGCUUAAGGACGUUCUCGGAGAUAUGCUGUAUACCACGCCUGUUGAUGAUUCAAUGAAAAUACUUCCUUCUCCUGAAGCAUUGAAAAAUAAAAUCAUUAUUAAGGCGAAAAAACCAUCUGGAACAAGUGACUGUGAACCUGAAGAAAAUUAUAGCAGCGAUGACGAUGAUGAGAGAAAUUCGAGUGACAACGACAACUCGGAUGAUGCACCUUUUCAGACAAAACCACCAAACAAAACUGUUUCAGUUACAACUUCAGCAACUGAUCUUGUGCAAAAAUAUGGGGCAGAGCAAAGCUAUUCAUCGAAUACCGCACACAUUUCCGAAGACAUCCCAGUCACUGAUGGAACAAAAGAAAUUGAAAUGCCGAGUCAAAUAAUGGGGCAUGCCUUGUCAAAUACUAGAAAAGAAUCAUAUCAAGAUUUAGUUGAAACAAGGGACACUGAGGAGAGUUCCUGCCUUUCAGAUCUUAUAAACAUUUGCGAAGGGAAAAAAUUUUCUGGUUUUCAUCAAAAUCUAACAACUAGCCGAUGCUACCAUGUUUCGUCGCUUUCAGAAAAAAAAGCCAAAAAGCUGAUUCGUGGCGAGAGAUCGGCUGUUAUACAGCAUACUAAUAAUCAGCUGGUGAGAAUUUACCCGAAAGGUUCAAGAACUGACUCGAGCAACUAUGAUCCUGCGCAGUUUUGGAGUUCGGGCUGUCAAAUUGUUGCCCUGAAUUACCAAACCGGUGGACUUUUUAAAACUAUCAACAACGAAUUUUUCCAGUUCAACGGAAACUGUGGAUAUGUACUUAAACCAGCCAUUCUACGUAACCCAGAAACAACUGAAACUUCCGGAGCAGCUGAAGUCAGGCGAAAUAAAAUUGUUCGCCUUCAAAUCAUAACGGGGCAAAAUCUUCCUAAAACUGAAAAAAACGUUAUUGAUCCCUAUGUUACAAUUCAAAUUAUGGGUCAUCCUGCGGACCAAUAUAAGUUUAAAACUAAACGUGUAGAAAACAAUGGUUUUAAUCCUUGCUGGAAGGAGACGGCUGAGUUUCGAUUAACUGUACCAGAAUUGGAUAUACUCGUUAUCGCGGUAAUGGACAAAGACACAAUGACGGAUAAUGAUUUAGUUGGUGUCGGAGUCUUUCCGGUAAAAAGUUUGAAAUCAGGAUAUGGACAUAUUUGUCUAAUGUGUCCGGAAGGAAAUAUUAUGCCGUGCGCAACCUUAUUCGUCCAUGUAUCGAUUCACGAAGAAACACCUGUGAAAUAACUGUUUUUCCAGAUUUUUGGUGCCAAUAAUAAAGAUCAUUUUCUCCCGCUAAAAUGGCUAUUGAAAGUGGCAGUACUCUUCGAUAGAUAUAUGCAAAGUAGAUUAAAUUUGCUCGGAAAAUGUGUUUUUAAAAUAUACUAACAAUUUUCGUAUCAAUAAAAGAAAUCCCUGAAUGUUACA